AUGGACACAUUGGACAUUAAUACAGAUCCAACCAGUGUAGAAGAGGUGAAAAAGGCAAUAGCAAAACUGAAAAAUGGAAAGGCUGCAGGCAUUGAUCAGACAAAUGCAGAGCUUCUCAAGGCCAAAGAAUACCAUAAACAUGGCUACAGCAUGAAGACACCACAGAAAUCACCAGAACCUGGAUCCUCUCCUCCAGUCAAACAAUUGCUUGAUGAACCAGAGACUGUCACCACCAUAGACACUGGGUAUGCAUUGCUUUUCAAUGUGGCCUGUGUGAGUAAUAAAGAAAUCUGGACAAGUGGAGACAAGACCAUGAAACUCUUCAACAUCAAUCAGGGAUCACUAGUAAAGUCAAUUACAACCAAAUCAGGAAACAUACCAUGUGACAUAGCAGUGACAAAAAGUGGAGAUCUGGUUUACUCUGAUUACUGUCAAAGUGAUAGAACUGUGAACAUUUUGAAGAAUGAAGAGAAAGAGGAGGUGAUCAGACUACAACAGAACUGGAGAUCUGACAGUAUCUGUAGUACCUCCUCUGAUGACCUCCUGGUUAUCAUGCGAAGUGAUGAUGACAAACAAACAAAAGUUGUCCGUUACUCUGGCUCAACAGAGAAACAAACCAUUCAGUUUGAUGAUGAAGGCAAACCUCUGUACUCUCUUGGUUAUAUUUUAUAA